AUGAGCGGCGCCUGCACGAGCUACGUGAGCGCCGAGCAGGAGGAGGUGCGCGGCUUCAGCUGCCCGCGGCCGGGGGGCGAGGCGGCCGCCGUCUUCUGCUGCGGCUUCCGCGACCACAAGUACUGCUGCGACGACCCGCACAGCUUCUUCCCCUACGAGCACAGCUACAUGUGGUGGCUCAGUGUUGGCGCUCUUGUGGGCCUGUCCAUAGCAGCCGUGGUCAUUCUGGCCUUCAUUGUCACUGCCUGUGUGCUUUGUUACCUGUUCAUCAGCUCAAAGCCCCACACGAAGUUGAACCCAGGCUUAAGCUUACAGACAACAGGCCUGGAGGAAGUGCCCCCUGACCGCCAAGGCGUGAACACGGGCAGCGCGGUGGAGGUGCCAGGAGUGAGGCCUCCUGGGCAGAGUUACCCCUUCUUGAGCCCACAGCGGGAAAGCAAUGAGGGGCAGGCUGCGGGCUCCAAACGCCUCCCCCACCACUGCUUCAUGGCCACAGUGACUGCCAGUGACAUUCCAGGCCGCCCUGAGAAGGCCCCUGUCCCUACCCCUGACCCACGUGGACCAGCCCCAUAGACAUCCAAUAAAUGUCUCCAUAUCAUC